AAAACUGAAAUAAACCUAGAGUUUAGGGAAAAAUUAGGGGGUAGAAGACGAAGUUAUUGUUCAUCGCCGGAGCAGUUGCUGGAGAGCCUGAUUGAUUGCAUAUUACAAGAAAAAACCUGACCUUCAUCGGUUUUUAUCGAGUUUGAGAACUUCAACAGUUGCAGAAGCUUCUCGCUGUUCAUUCACCCCGAGAGAGGAACGCGUAGAAACCUUCAGGAUGGACCUGGACGACCUAGACGAACCGAGCCAGGUACCAUCACGAACCUCCAGAUUUGCACCGAAGACCUCUAAAUUCAAGCCGAAGCCGAAAACGGAAGUAGUUCCGAAACCGGAGCCCCAACAGCCGCCAACGAAGUUGGAACCUGAAACUCCCGUUCCGGAGCCGGAAGUUGCAGAGCCAGAUGCUCUAAUUGGGGAGAAGAAGGAAGAAGGCGAAGAAGUUGAAGUAAAACCUAAAGUCGAAGCUUCACUUCCUAAUGGAGUUGAUAAAAUGGAUGUUGAAACUAAGUUGGAAGUUGAAGAGGAGACAAUGGUGGAUGAUGAUGAUGAUCCAAUGGAAGAGGAUGCUUCUGAAGAUAUGGUGGUUCGGGAAAUCGACGUUCUGUUUACUCCUUCUCUUGAUAUCAAUACGAAAUUAUAUGUGUUGCAAUAUCCUCUUAGACCACGCUGGAGGCCCUAUGAAUUUGAGGGGCGAUGUGACGAGGUAAGAGUUAAACCCACCACUGGGGAAGUGGAAGUUGAUCUGAAUGUGGAUAUUGAAUCCAAUAACUAUGACAGUAAAGCCGAUGCCAAUUUGCAAAUGAAGAAGCAGACUUUGAAAUCUUCAUGGCAACCGCCUAUGGCUACUUCCUAUGCUGUUGGGCUGCUUAUGGGUGAUAAGCUACACCUGAAUCCUGUACAUACAGUCGUGCAACUUCGACCAUCAUUUGAACACCUUAAUUCUGGUGGCCCAAAAAGGAAAAUUAAUGUUAGAGCUGAUCCAAAUGUUAAGUCAGAAGAGCAUACAGAUGUUAACUCUGCAGGUGGAUCAAGGAAGCAGAAGAAGCAAACAGGACCUUCAACGGAACCUAAAACUGGAGAUGAAGAGUGCUGGAUUCCACUUAAGUACUAUGGUCUCGAGAGUGAUCUAUCAACCAGACAUCUGCGAAGCAUGGUGGCACAAAAAAAUUCCCCCAUGCAAUUUUCAAUGAGCCCGCAUGACUAUGUGGACUCCUUGUGUCCUGGUGCGAGCUCAAGUCGCAAUAAGCCCAAAGGUCCAUCUAAAAGGUUUUUACUUUCAUUGUCUUUGGAGGAGCGGAUUAAGAAAUUGCUGACUGAGGGACCUCCGAUUCAAAGAUUUAGUGCACUUAAGCAUUAUGCCCCUGAUUAUGAACCAGACGAGUUUAUCGAAGCUCUUCAGCAGUAUGCUCAGUCGGUGCAGGGUCUCUGGGUUGCAAAAAGUUCAUUUUUACUUCCGCAAGAUGGCAGUGGACGUUGUGCUAGGGAUUUUGUUCUUUCUUUGUUUAGCAAGAAUCCAGUGGUCAGCUCUUCGCAGAUAAAUGUUCCAAAGUCUCUUCGGGACAAAGUGAAACAUUUUUUGAAUUGGUUUGGUGUUGAAAGACCUGCCUUUAAGGACUGGAGAUUUAAGGAGAAAACAGAUCGUUUAUUUUUGAAUAACUACGUGGAUAUUGUUCAAAAGCAAGAAAAGGUCUGGCGAUCUGUGGAAGAAGGUAUCACUAAUUCUUUCCGGGGAUCUGUGAAAAACAUGUCCCAUGCAAACGCUGCGCCAGUAAAGCCUGAAAUGGUUCCUAAACCUGAAAAACAAGUCAUUCACGACAAAGCUUCAACUAAAAGCAGUAAUGCAGCUCUUAACCGCAAAAGUACCAUGUCGGAUGAAACUCGAGAAGCUUUACCAAAAGCCCUUCAAAAGCUUUUUCAAACUCACAAGGUUUGCAGCUUUCAGUUGAUAUGUCAAGGUUUGCGUGAUUUGGCCGUGUCCCAGUCUACUCUUCCAAAAGCUGAUGCCAGAAUGGCGGUGGCUGCUGCAUAUGGUGUUGAUGCUCCUCCAGAUGAAUUAAAAAGAAUCAUCUGCCAAGUUGCUACUGAGAUUCAUGGUCUCUAUGUCUUGACAUCAUCUCCAGAGCAUCCAGAAUAUGAUCCAUUAAGGAAAGUUGUCAUUCAACUUUUACGUGGACGUGGACCUAAAGCAGUGCUUAAAAAAGCUGAUGUUUUGGAAGCUUCCAAGCGUGAACUUGGGAGAGCAAUCAAUAGCAAUGAAUAUAGCAAGGUUAUGAACGAAAUUUGUGUGUCCCAUGGUUCUUCUUGGGCCUUGAAGAGUGGCGAUGGAAAUUCGAGAUGACUAGGUUCCUCUCGUGAAAUUCUGAGCACAAUUAAAGAGGUUCAAGGCAAAGCCAGCAACCAGAUCUCCUCACUCUGCUAUAAAUUGAAUGCCAUUUCCCGUGGCCCUCCAUCAUUUGAUCCACAUCCAAAUUUUGACUCAUAGUACCAAAUUCCAGCGCUGGGAACCUUCUUUGGCAGACUGAACACUCCUUAAUGUCGUUGUGCAACACAAAAAUUUUGAAAUGUACAGACAAAGGUGAUCCUUUGAGUGUUGGCAAUGAACUAAGAGCUUCCGGCGUUGUUCUCUGCUUUGGUGGUGUCUUUUAUUAACAUUAGUUUGACGACGCUUUUGUUUUCUUGUAGGUUAAAAGAUGAAGUUAGUCUUUGAACAUUGUUUAUUUAGUGUUCAAAUUUCAAAAAGCUUAGACUAUGUUCUUAAAUUUAUCAUGUACGCUUCAUUAGAUACAAUUUUGAUGAUGAUGAUGAUGGUGUUCGAUCUGUUGUCACCAAAUUCUUAGUACCUUGUUGAAGAACCAGGCUGAUAUAGAGACAUAAUAAGUUUACUCUUUUAGACCCAA